AUGACAACGUCGUCCGUAGUUCUUUGUACCGGAGAAUAUCCUGCCAAGGACGACCCUAUAGGCGCUGGUGUGGGCGGUUGCUAUUACGGGAAAUGUAAUAUCACCUACGACUUCGACGUAGAUCGGCACUGCGUCCACGACAAGGAACCUGUCAAGUGGCCAGAGGAAGACCUGAGUUACAGCUGGUCCUGCUGGCAGUGCCCUCUAGGGAAUCCGCUGGCGAUUGCGUUCGGCACUGUUGACCACGCGAAGUCAAUUGUGAGGGUCACUGAUAAACUCAACUAUACAGAUGUUGCAGAGGUACUCGAGUUUCGGCUACAGGUGUUAGCACAAGUUCCGCAACAAUCAUUAAUUCUUUUUUUUUUUCUAGAGAGUGCGGAUUGUGAAUACGAUGAGCUGUUCGCACGGAACAAUCUUCCAGCACAAGACAAUGUCCCUCCAACUCGAGGUAUCUGCGUCGCCGACAACAACAGGGGGAUUGCGGUGAUCACACACUUUCACAUAGACUGCUCAGGAUUUGUCGACUACGAGGACGCGGACCUCACCUUCGAGUUCUACUACUGCGACCUUAAGCCGGAUGAGGUCCGUCGGCAUACUUUCAGGACGUUACACCAAUCCUGCAUCCUUCUCAAGUCAAAGGUAAACGGUUCAGCAUUCGAGGGCGUGCUACCGCAAGGCCGCCCGGAGCGUAACUACGAGGCUCUCAUAGUGCUGUUCUGCAUCGACUCCACGGGCCAGUUCACUUUCACUACCGUCGACAUGGUGGUGGAGAGCGGGAGCUGCUCUGGCAUCACCCUCAAGAACGUCAAGCAAUACCAGUACGAUGCUUCCCUGUCGCUGGGCAAGAACGGCAGCGAGGCGACCGUCAGUGAGGUCCUGUCCUACAUUCAGAGUUCCUCUAUCAUGAUCAAGUCUAAGUUCUACAAAGACUGCGACAAGCAAAUGAGAGGACAGGUACUGAAAAACCAAACGGAAGUUCGCGAAGACUUCGUGGAGUACCUUAAAACGGUGCCGGUUACGAGCGCAGGAGACCUGCACGAAGCUACCAAGGUCCUCGACGCCAUCUUGCCAACCAGCUUUGAGAACACGACCCUAAAGUUCAUAGAGGACACCGUAGAACUAUUAGACAAAUACACGGGCGCUUACGAAAAUUUCACCAGUGAGGACGUUCACGGGCGAAUAGCCAACCGGACCACCGCAAUUGGGGAAGCCAUUGCCGUGACCAUCACGGCGACUCUCAAGAUAUCAGCACCUCCUCCGGACGAAGUACCUGACAUGGUGCCAGAAAACGUUACCACAACGCCCGAAUGUGUUACGGCAGAAACGUUGAUCGACAACCUUGGUCGCGUGGCGCAAGCCGUGUCCAGAGUUGUGGACACCGAAGUGGAUGACCUGAGCAUCAUGUACGAAGACUACGAGUUGUGGAUACGAGACAGUCAGCGCAGUGGCUUCCUCGGGUCGGUAAAUGGAACUAGAGUUCGCCUGGAGCGAAAAACAGAACAGCAGACGUCGAUUGUGUUCCCGUCGAGUCCAUUCCGUUGCCACACGUCUGGACGGUUCUCUAACACGCAAGCGGUGAAGGUCAACUCGAGCAACACCGCCGCACGUGUCCGUGGCCGUCAGGGAAGUAAGGCACCAAUACAGACCGGCAUGGAAACGUUCCUGAAGAAGGAAACUCCGCUGGAGUAUCAGGAUAACACUACUUACGAAACGUCUCUACGCAACGUCUCCGUUCACCAGAUCAACAAUACAGAGUCAGGUGCUUACCUUCGAGUGCAUUUGGUACCCCGGAACGCCACAGACGAGUUCAUUUUCGCGGCUGUUGUGAAUAGGACGCCAAACAGGGAGGAUUUCAUCGAGCAAAACAGAUACCAUGUGGACGCCCUAGUCGGCAACCACUAUCGUUGGAUUCGUAUUGAGGAACAAGGAACGGUGUUUCUUGCAGUCCUUCCAGUGACGGAGCUCGUGGUGUCUGCCUUGAAAGAUCCGCACGUCCGUCCAGACAGAACUGCAAAUCGGCUACGAGUACAGCUUACAUUCCACUCACGUCUGCUUGUACUGGAACACAGGUCACAGGGAAUGGGCCACAGAUGGUUGCCGUGUUCUGUCGGACUCCGACCGGCAGUUCGUCCACUGCGAGUGCAACCACACUUCCAUCUUCACUGGUGGUCUUUUCAUUGCACCUACCCCUAUUAACUUCGCAGAGUUCAGUGUCUUAAUCCGGGGCAUGACGAAUAACCUCGUC